AUGAUUGCCAUCAUCAGUGAUUGCCAUCAUCAAUUAUUGCCAUCAUCAGUGAUUGCCAUCAUCAAUGAUUGUCAUCAUCAUGAGGGUGAGCCUGAGACAGAUGUGGAGGCGACACAGGAGAGUGUGGAGGCAACAGUCAAAGAGUGGUCGUCAUUGUCAUCCGGUUACCACAGUGGUGCAGGUUCCUCUGAGGCCAGCGUAGGGGAGCCAACUGCUCUAGAGGCCUCUCUGGUUAUUGACGAGACCACUGGCGGCGGAGACGACGACAGCGACUGGGGCGAAGAUGAGUGGCCGGUGGAGCGGGCUCUGCCGCUGCCAAAAUGGGGCUGUGAACGACCAGAGUUGAACUUGGUCAGCUUGGACCAGUAUGAGGGGUUCCUCACACAUGUAACCCAACAUCUCCAGUACAUCCUCGCCUCCCACUGCUAUGACACUGUCUCAAACUUUAUUAUGUUCAGCGAGGCGUAUGUGUCAUCACGGAGCGAAUAUCCAGCCCUGGAAGACUUCUACAGAGACUACGACCCGCCUCUGCUGCCCGGCCGCCACACCUGCGUCGGACUCUCUUGUCUCCUCGACACUAGACUCUCUGUCCUUGAGCCCCUCUACCCUGGCCUCAAGGACUCUAUAUAUAAGGUGUCAUGUGAGGAAGAAGUGGACAACGUGGAGUGGUACUGCACGGGAGAGGCUCCACCUCUCACCUGUGAGAAGGAACAUGUGCUUCUGUGUAUCAGAAUCCGUGUAUGUGGUCGUCCAGGUGUUGUGCUACUCGACCCUGGUUACCACGUUGGUGAGCCAAUUACUGUCAUGGAAGACGGUCUGGCUCCUCAGUCUGGGACCAUUAGAGCUAGCACAGCAAAGGCUCAAGUAAUGCGGUCUUACCACUACUGUUUCUGGCCCGGCAAUCCAUCGUUUGUGGCUUGGACAGUUACUGAGGAACGUGAGAGAAAGCCAGCUCACCAACACGUAAGCCUGAUCCACGUGACUCGUCCCUUCCUCUCAGGUAUAGAUGUAGCAGAGCGUCGUAACCUAGCGUACCCCUUCAAGACGCUAGUAGCUCGAGAGCCAACUGGACGCCUCCGUUGUGGUCUGUACUUCCCUCUUCGCGACUGUCACCGAUCUUAUGUGACACUCUUCCACCAUAUGGAUGGCCCUCCUCAUCAUGUUAAAGUUCCUCUCAGCUACUUCCUUGGCGAGACAUCUCAGGAGGAUUACAUAGAGGCAGCUGUAGAAGCAGUGGCAGUAGGGACUGGGAGAACGGCAGAAGAUCUUCGCUUUACUCUGGCGGCCGUGGCUCACCUUUUGUCUGAUCAAGACCUCAUGCUGCAGCUGGUGCAGCUCAAUGAUGCCAUUGACAGUAUCAGCAUAGACAACUAACAACUUUACUACAUUAAUAUACAGAAUGACCCUUGCAUAUUAUUUACAUCUGGAAGCAACAUAAAAACCAAUGUGUGACAUUUAAUAUGUUAACAAUUUAAUAAUUAUUUGUUUGCAAAAAAUUUACUACAUAUGUCCUGCUUUCGUGCUAUGUUUGCUUUUGGUUAGUUAUUUGCCUAGUUACUAAGUUUACUAUCAGAUGAAUUUAAAGUGUCAAAUCUAGAUAUUAUUCAUUUAUUUUGUUUGAAUAGUUUGAUAGUGUCAUGGUCAGACAAGUUAUGAACUACUUUCUUAGGUUUUGGAAUUAUAUCUUAACACAUACAGGAGGGGUAAUUAACAAGUACACUGUUACUUGAUAAUAUUAGAAAAAGAAUUUUAUAACAAAUUUUGCUAUCCUUGUUAAUUUCAAAGAAUUUUUUUUAAUAACUCAUACGAAUGGAAUUUUGUUAUACUUAGUUUUUUUUAGUUACAGAAGGUUAAUUUUACAUUGGCCAGUCUAGGUAAAUUUAAUAUCACUUUUAAGUCGGGAUUGUAGAGAAGUGUUUGACCACUGUUAUGCAACUCAAUAAAAAUCCAGUAACAAAAAAGGCUACUUUAUAUUUCCUA